CGAGGUUAUAAAGGACCAUGAUGACAUUAUUAGAACUUAGAAAUUGCAAUCUUGGUGUGUCUGUCUGGUCCCGUGUUCGGCUCGGCUUGGUACCUCACAAUUGCUCCAGCUACAUAGCGGUAAGCAUCGUUAUGUUGUUUCAUGUAGAGCCUGAUUCUGUGAAAUUGUAUGUUGUAUGGCCAAUCUGAACCACCAGUCAAGCACAAUUUAUAGUUUUUGUUAUCCCUUCAGGAAUGGCCUCCACAAAUCUUUGGUUGUGUUGUUGUUUUGUGGAAACCCCAGUCAAAUUUACCUUCAGGGAUGUUCCCCUGACAUUUCAGCGCAAGACUGGAGGUGACAUUUUUUGGUUUCGGAGAACUGCAACAGGUCCUCUUGAAGUUGCUGUUGUGCUGGGAGUUGGCGUUACCAAACAUGAAGCAAAAGUUAAGGCUAAUAACUACUUCAGGAGAAUUGGCAGAAUUCAUGGUUUUGAAGACUCGUUACCAGUUCUAGAGUUUGAAUGCACACAAGAAACUCAAUUUUCUGAAGAUUUGUAACUUGGCUUUUAUUGGCUUUUAUUGACUUUUAUGUAUCUAAAUGUAAAUCUCGAAGUAUCGCGUCCCAAUUGAAGUGAUAUGACCUUUCAAAAAAGUAAGCUAACUGAUGUUUUGUAUUUCAUUGUUGAAUCUGUUCAUGAACAUUGUCAAGAGAAUUUUAAUGCUCGAUUUGAAUGCGAAUAUAUCUUUCCUAUGUUUUUAA